CUACAACAAUGACAGAGAGCGUGUUCCUUACGGACGAAUCUAGUACAAGAAGCAGCAUGUGGGGCGGGGCUCGCUGUAAAAGAAUUCUCGUGUUAUUGGUCCUGCUAGAGUUUUUUGCAUUCCAAAUAUAUAUCUAUAAUCAAGAACAAGAAUGGAAGCAGAUAAAAUCCAUGCUGGAGCCAAUAAUAGCGGAUCUGCAGGAUAUGCAGGGGCUGACGUACAGCUUGCUAAAGAGGCUGGAAGAACACGGUUUCCUCGUCAACCGGUCCGAUCGUAAUCGGCCUGUAAUCUAUGCGAUCACACCCACGUUCGCUAGACCUGUGCAGAAAGCCGAGCUCACUCGGUUAGCGCAGACAUUUCUUCACAUACCUAACUUUCACUGGAUUGUCGUAGAAGAUGCGCCGCAGAAGACGCUUCUGGUCACUCGAUUUCUUGAAGGCAGCGGGCUUAUCUACACCCAUCUGCAUGCGACAACUCCCUCGAACUACAAACUCGGCAGAAACGAUCCGAAUUGGAAAAAACCGCGCGGUGUCGAACAACGAAACACGGCAUUAAAAUGGCUCAGGGAUAAUCUCAAACUGUCUGACAAAGGCGUUGUUUAUUUCGCUGACGACGACAAUACUUAUUCCAUAAAACUCUUCCACGAGAUGGAAAAAAUACAAAGAGUUGGCGUGUGGCCGGUUGGCCUGGUCGGUGGUCUGAUGGUAGAGAAGCCCAUUUGUGAUAAUGUUACUAAUAAGGUAAUCGGUUUCAACGCGGCCUGGAAACCGGACCGGCCGUUUCCGCUCGACAUGGCAGGCUUCGCCAUUAAUCUCGAACUAUUGCUUCAACACAAAGACGCCUGGUUCUCGUACGAUGUGCAGGGUGGCUAUCAAGAGAGCGAAAUACUUAGGCAGAUAGUCACGAGAGAUCAGUUAGAACCACUAGCAGACUGUUGCACGAAGGUAUAUGUGUGGCACACACGAACGGAACCGCCGCAGUUGAACGUUGAACAGAUGUUAAUUAGAAAAGGCAAGCGUUCCAAUACUGACAUUGAGGUAUAGAAAUACUCAUUCCUACUAACAGAGAAAUUUGUUUGAUUUUAUGAAACCUAGUGAUUUAUCAAUUAGAUAUUACUGUUAAAACUGCUAACAUCGAUUUAUAACGUUAAAAAUGAUUAAAAUAAGACGAACUUGUAUAAAUAUAGAAAUACCGCAGCUAAGACAAAUACACACAAAAUACAUAUAUAAGGAAAUAUUAUAAAAAUUGAAAUAUCAUAAUAUUAGAAAAUAUUAUCGAGAUAUUUUAAUGGUUUAGCCAAAAAUCUCGUCAUGUGAUACUGAUGUGCUUUUGGUAUUUGAUUGCCACUUUACGCACACGCUGCCACGAUAUUAUUGUUUCGUCGAAGUACGAGUCGAGUGUUUUUCGAUCUCAUUAUCGAUGCUAUUUUGUAACUAUUGUAAUAAAAUACAAUGAUAAAACAAACAAG